AUGAAAGUAGAGUUGAAAAACCUAUUAAGUGAAGAAUAUAAAUAUCCUCAUAAAGCAAUGAGUCAAUUUGAUUUUACUGAUCAUUCCCAUCGUCGUUAUAAUCCAUUAACCAACACUUGGAUAUUAUGUUCACCUCAUCGUACUAAAAGACCAUGGCAAGGAGCUAAAGAAGAAAUUAAGAAACCUAGUUUGUUGGAAUAUGAUGAAAAGUGUUAUUUAUGUCCAGGUAAUGUAAGAGCUACUGGUGACAGUAAUCCAAAAUAUGAAGGUACUUAUUAUUUCUUGAAUGAUUAUCCAGCCGUUAAAUUAGAUCAACCUGAUUACGUCGGAGAUGAUGAUGAAAAAAACCCUUUAAAGAAGAAAUUAUUGAAAACUCAAGGUAUUAAAGGUAAAUGUUAUGUUUUAUGUUUUUCACCAAAUCAUGGUUUAAGUUUACCAUUAAUGAAACAAGAAUCAAUUGAAAAAGUUGUUACAUUAUGGCAAACCUUAUAUAAUGAAUUAAAUGAAGAAUCUAAAAAUGGUGCUGGACAUAAAUAUAUUCAAAUUUUUGAAAAUAAAGGUAGUGCUAUGGGAUGUUCUAAUCCUCAUCCUCAUGGACAAGCCUGGUGUUUAGACACUAUUCCAACUGAAGUUAAUGAAGAAAUAGAAAAUAUGAACAAUUACUAUAAAGAAAAUGGUACUCAUUUGUUGGGAGAUUAUGUUGAAUUGGAAUUACAAGAAAAGGAAAGAAUUGUUGCAUUAAAUGAUUCAUUUAUCGUUGUUGUUCCAUAUUGGGCUUUAUGGCCAUUUGAGACUUUAUUAAUUUCGAGAGAACAUUUAAGAUCAGUAGCUGAUUUCAAUGAUAAACAUAAAGCUGAUUUAGCUUCAAUCUUGAAAACCUUAACCAUUAAAUAUGAUAACUUAUUCAACACUUCAUUCCCUUAUUCAAUGGGUAUUCAUCAAUCACCUUUUGAAACCUGUUCCCAUGAAGAAAAAGAUAAUACUUGGUUCCACAUGCAUUUCUAUCCACCAUUAUUAAGAUCAGCUACCGUUAAAAAAUUCUGCGUUGGUUUUGAAAUGUUGGGUGAAGCUCAAAGAGAUUUAACUUCUGAACAAGCUGCCAAAAGAUUACAAGAUUUAUCAGGUGAUGACCAUUAUUUAACAAAAUAG